UACCAGAAAUCUCUUGGUCGGAUGCCCCUCAUAAUGAUGCAAGUGGCGCAGGUGCAAACACUUCCAUGUGUCUCCGGUCCCAAGUCGCGAUUUUGAUCCGUUGGAGUACAUAGAUAUACGACUUUUGGUUUCAGAUGCAUGGCUGCUCAAUUUAUCCGCCCAGCCAGCGUGGUUGUUUGUUGGUGGCGUCUUCGCCUCUUUUUUUUUUGUGUCUGCGAUAAUUUCGUUAAAUAAUUGAGUAUGCAAUGAAAAUUGCGCAUUACAGCGACAUAAGUACGAUGAAUGGUCGUUCAUCGAGGGGGGGUUUACUGUGCGUGUAUGGGGACAUAAGUGCCUAUAUGGUUACAAACACCUGUUCAUUCGUUUUGCUAGAAUGCGUUUCUUUCCUCACUUUUUCCCAAAUACUCGCAUAAACGGCAUUCAAAUCCGCACGCUGCUUGACAUUUUGUAAUUUGAACAAAUUGCUCGCAUUUUUGGGCAACUCCUAUAAAUAAUGGAGUUGCUGUCGCUGGAAAUAUUAGUUUGGAGCAGAGCGAACGACGCGUUGGAGCUACGAGCCAAAAACUGCAAAGGACUAUUACUAAUUUACAAAAAAAAACCCAAAAGGAUACCCUCUUAAAAGAGCACAAUGAACCGAAAUUACAUUGUCAUACUUCAGCUGUUGGGAGUUCUGGUAGUGCUGACCUACGCCAGUGCAAUCCCCAAAUACGAAGAUAGCCAUAAGUUCUAUGCGGAUAAGGCACAGCGGGAAAGGUCGUACUAUAACGAAAACAAGACCCAGCCCAGUGAACCGCAGACAGCUUCCACGAAGGACAGACUGGAACGCCUGGGCUAUACCACUGGCUACGGAUCCCUAAAUGGUUAUCCGGGCGGUACUGGACUAUCCGCCUACAAUCCCAUAAAACUGGACCUGGGCGGCGUUGUCUUGGGAACUCUCGUGGGCAUUGGCGCCAUUAUACUGAUUCCCAAGAUUCUUUCCGCUUUCCAUGGUGGUUAUGGAGGCUACGGCCGCAGCGAGGACAGUGACCUAACACCACUGAGCAGCAUGAUAAAUAAGAUUGACGAUGUUCUGGGCCAGAAUAAUAUUGACUCAACGAGUUGCAUGCAACGUGCUGUGUGUGGUUAUGUUCGCUCUACGGAGUACAACAUGAAGAUUGGUUCCUCAGACCAGAUGGAUGAAUUUAUUCAUAUGCUAGCGGAAAAUUCCCUGGUGGAUUACCUCCUCGAUGGAACGGCUAUAAAGGAGGCAUUGGAGCAUGGAAAGCGAGCCAAUGAUCGCGCCUGUGAAGAGGUGUACUCCAAUUGUCCGCUAGACAGUAAAUCAGCUACGGAUAUUCUAAUGAAGCUGAUGCCAAAGAAAAACCCACAAGGAAAAGGAAAAUCAUCUGGAAUUUCCCGAGAAAAGAAGGUUUAGUUAAUGUUAUUCGCUGAAAGUUUAAAAAGAUUGUUCUCCAUUUGCAUACAACCAAAUAUUUUCCAAACAUAUAAAUAAACUCCAUUGUGUUAUCUUUA